AUGAGCCCUUUUUUCUUCCUCAAAAAUGGUAUCAAACCACCUCCGCAGUCUCAUGAACUAUCACCGAUUAUCACCUUCAUGAAGUUCUUCUAUAGAAACUGCUUCUCUUUUCAUGACUGUGGCAAAUACAAGGUUCUUGAGAAAGCUCUCAUCUUUAUGGAUCAACCUGGAAUCAACGACUACAAACAGGCCUUCUUACAUGGAAAAUCUAUUUUUGAGGCGUCUCAUCUUGUGCCUGAAGUGGUAGAGACCAUUGAGAAUUCAGUGGAAAGACUCAUCAAUGAAGCUGAAGCCAAAACUAUUAUGGUUUCUGGAAUUCUACCCACGGGCUGCUUUCCAGGUUUUCGGACUCUGCUUCCCCAGGGAGAUUCAAUGGACAAAAACAGAUGUCACAAGGGAUUGAAUCUGUUCUCGAAGCUUCACAACGAUCGCCUUUCGCAAGCAAUUCUGAAUCUGCGGUUGAAAUACCCUGCAGUUCACAUCAUAUAUGCAGAUUACUACACUCUUGGCUGUUCUUAA